UAAUUACCCAGAUUAAUGUAACAUAACGGCGGGAGAAUGGUUUGGGAAAAGGGCCUCAGGCCCACGCAGGUCAUAGCGGUGAUAUUGGCUGUGCGGAUUCUGUCAGUGUUCCUGGUGCAAACUUGGUAUGUGCCGGAUGAAUACUGGCAGACCUUGGAGGUGGCUCACAAGCAGGCGUUUGGCUAUGGCGCUAUGACUUGGGAGUGGCAAGCAGGGAUUAGAAGUUACUUGUACCCUAGUGUUGUGGCAGCUCUAUAUACUAUUCUGAAGUUUACUGGCUUGGACUAUCCAGUAGCUGUGGUAAUACUACCACGAAUUUUACAAGCUGUAUUAAGCACAGCUGCAGAUUACAGUUUCUAUAAAUGGUCAGGAGGCAGAAAGUGGGCUUUAUUCCUGAUUCUAACCUCCUGGUUCUGGUUUUACACCUCAGGCAGGACCUUGUUGCAAACUUUGGAGACUGUGCUAGUAACAAUAGCCCUGUCUAAAUUCUCAUUUAAAGAUGGAGCCAAAGGAUUUCAUGAGAAAGAGGACAGUGGAUGGAUUUGGCUGGCUUGCCUUACAGUGUUUAUAAGACCAACCUCAUUUCCGCUGUGGGUAGUUCUUGGAAUUUACAAUUUGGGCACAACCAAUCAGGAUAGAUUAAAAUUGGUGUUGCAAACUUAUAUACCCAUUGUGCUGGUCUCAGGUAUAGUGCUAAUUGGCAUAGACUCGUACUUCUAUGGGAGACCGAUCAUCACCCCCUGGGAGUUCUAUAAUUUCAAUGUGAUCCAAGAUGUAUCCUCGUUUUAUGGUCAACAUUCAUGGCACUGGUACGUAACCCAGGGUCUUCCAGCCAUGCUGGGCGUCAACGUAGUACCCGUUCUGUGGGCCAUAUUCACCAUACUGAGGAGACCCAAAGAGAAUCUUGUUGGAAUGCUCUUGCUGAUUGCUGUCGCAUAUCAUGUUGUUGUUCAUAGUUUUGUACCGCACAAGGAGUUCAGGUUCAUGCUGCCGUUGCUGCCCAUCCUUCUAUACAUGGCUCAAAAUGUUCUGGUGCCUUGGAGCAGGAAAGCUAAGAAAUGGCAAUUAUACCUGACAGCGUUAGUUUUGUUACUCGGCAACAUAGUGCCGGGCAUGUACUUUGGCUUGAUCCACCAGAGUGGGACCGUGAAGGUGAUGCCUCUACUGCGAGAAGCCAUUCCUAACAACCGCUCUUCAAUAUUCUUCAUGAUGCCCUGCCACUCUACCCCGCUUUAUAGCCAUCUCCACGUAAACGUUACGACACGUUACCUAAACUGCGACCCUCCGGCGCAAGGUGAAAUGUACGAGUCCGAAGCGUUCUACAACAACCCACAGCGGUGGUGGCGUCUGGAAUAUUCCACUCGGCAGACCCCCACCCUCGUGGUGCUGUUCGACGUGCUGAAAGGAAGGGUCGAGGAGUUGCUGAAGGACUACCGUUUGAUACACACACUACCUCACACACAGUUUCCAGAAGGCGAAGUCGGGGAGAACGUACUAGUUUAUCAAAAAUUAGACGGCCGGCCGAAGGUGCAAGCAAGUGACCAGCUAAUGUGAGCCUUGGUGGAUCCAAACUAAAAACCCUAAACUCAAUUUCUGUUGCAGCAACCAAAUGGACUAUAGGCCGUUCUAUACACACGUGGUAUACAUUCGAAUGGAAUGCUUCGUCGAAUACACUUGAUAUAAGCAGUAUACGAAAUCUAGCAGAAAAAAUGUCCGGUUUUUGUUUAUUUUACUGAUAAGUUAAUCUGUUGAGUGAUGAAAAACUAUUCAUUACAUGUAUGUCCUUACUUAAAAUACGAUAUCCAGCCAUUUUUAUUGCAUUUUCGGACAUUCAUCUGUUGAGUGAUGAAAAACUAUUUAUUACAAGUAUGUCCUUGCUUAAAAUAUCAUAUUUUCCAUUAUCCAGCAAUUUUUAUUGCGUAUUCGGAUUUUAAGCACUACUAGCUCUCAAUUUCUUAAUGAGAACUUAUUUUUCACAGGCAGUUUGCCGACUGACAUCAAGUUAAAUAUUGUUCGAAGAUUUAUUGUGUCACUUGUACUACGUUAGAGGUAUUUAAACACUUAAUCGAGUUUAAAAAGAAGGAGGUAUUCACUUCGGAAGUGUAUUUUUUGUGUGUGUAUGUAUUUCACGGGAUAAUUAAUAUGUCUGUUAAUUUUGAAACGAUUUUAAUGUGCCUUUUUUAAUGAGUAGGGUUUACACAGUGUUUUUAUUUAAUCGUUGAACAUCGACACCCCCGUUUAUUUAUCUUAUUAACUAAAUAUUAAAAAAAAACAAUACACAGGUGAAAAAAAAAUAAAAAAUUAAUUCGUGCAAUAAAAAUCUUGAAAGCAGCUGAUCAUAUUAAAGAUAUAUCUAUAUUUUUCUGCUGCAUGAAGCGACCUUAAUUGGGUGAAUUGAUAUCGCCGACGCACACCACCAAACUAUUGGUAAUUUUUUCUGUUCAUCAACAAAGGUGUUCCUAUAAACAUUUUAUAUAAAACCCAAAUGGGGGUGAAAUUUAAACUG